UCAACUACAAACCAAACCUUAGUCCUUUCUUUUCUCUUCCCUUCUCUUCUCUUAGUCAUAUCUCUCCCUCAUCAUCAGUGAUUCUUUUUCUCUUCUCCCUUGUUUCCAUUCCAUUAACCGAUUAAAUAUAACAAUGGCCGGUGGACUCAUUGGAAAGGGGUCUGGCAAUGGAAAGCAAUAUCCGGGAAAACUCACUUUCCGGGUUUUUGUGACGUGCAUGGUUGCUGCAUUUGGAGGACUAAUUUUUGGAUAUGAUCUUGGCAUCUCAGGUGGAGUUACAUCGAUGGAUCCUUUUUUGAAGAAAUUUUUCCCAGACGUGUAUGCAAAGGAGAUGAACAUGAAGCCAUCUGACAAUCAGUAUUGCAGAUUUGACAGCCAGGUUUUGACACUCUUUACAUCCUCCCUGUAUCUGGCUGCUCUCGUGGCAUCACUCUGUGCGUCUUCCAUCACUCGAAUCUUUGGAAGGCGUCUUACCAUGUUGUCCGGCGGUAUUCUGUUCCUCGUUGGUGCCGGUUUCAAUGCCUUUGCUCAGAAAGUGUGGAUGCUCAUUGUUGGUCGCAUGUUGCUUGGCUUCGGAAUUGGAUGUGCCAAUCAGUCUGUUCCAAUCUAUGUGUCGGAGGUUGCUCCUUACAAAUACAGAGGAGCCCUUAACAUGAUGUUCCAAUUGGCCAUCACCAUUGGAAUCUUUGUGGCCAACGUCCUCAACUAUUUCUUCGCCAAGUUGAAGAACGGUGAAGGCUGGCGCUACAGCUUGGGUUUCGCGGCUGUCCCCGCCGUCAUGAUCAUCAUCGGCGCAAUCUUUCUCCCCGACUCGCCGAGCUCCUUGAUUGAGCGUGGCAAAGAUGAGAAAGCCAAGCAAGAGCUGAUUAAGAUUAGAGGAACCAGUGACGUGGACGAAGAGUUCAAGGACCUUGUUGAGGCGAGUGAAUCGUCCAUGGCAGUGAAACACCCAUGGGCCACUCUGUUGAAGAGGCAUUAUAGGCCUCAGCUCGUGAUGGCCAUAGCCAUUCCUUUCUUCCAGCAACUCACUGGCAUGAACGUCAUUACUUUCUAUGCUCCUGUUUUGUUUAGAACCAUUGGUUUUGGCAGCAACGCUUCUCUUAUGUCUUCCAUGAUCACCGGUGGGUUUAAUGCGCUUGCUACCUUUGUUUCAAUUUUUACCGUUGACAAAGUUGGAAGGCGCAAGCUCUUUCUUGAAGGCGGUGCUCAGAUGUUUAUCUGUCAGAUUGUGAUAACCGCCGCGAUAGCAAGUAAAUUUGGAGUGGAUGGAAACCCCGGAAUCUUGCCAAAAUGGUAUGCGUUCCUUGUGGUGGGAUUUAUAUGCAUCUAUGUGAUGGGAUUUGCAUGGUCAUGGGGUCCUCUUGGAUGGUUGGUUCCUAGCGAGAUAUUUCCCCUUGAAGUCAGAUCUGCAGCUCAGAGUAUUAAUGUGUCGGUCAAUAUGAUUUUCACAUUUGCAAUUGCUCAAGUAUUCACCUCCAUGCUCUGCCACAUGAAAUUUGGCCUCUUCAUCUUCUUUGCUUUCUUUGUUUUGGUCAUGAGCGGUUUUAUUCAUAAGUUUCUUCCGGAGACUAAGGGAGUUCCCAUCGAAGAGAUGUCUGUUGUAUGGCAAAACCAUUCUUAUUGGAAGAAAUUUGUCAAGUCUGCAAGCGAAGAAGCUAAUGCCAAGGUGGAUAACUCAUGUUGAUUAGAUCCUUCAAGACCGUUUCCAUUUUAAUUAGGAACCAAAAGUAAUUUAGACUUUAUUGUUUUUUUAAGGUUUUUUUUUUCUAUUUUAGUAAACAAUUCAAUUUCGUCGAAUACAUUUUUUUGUUCUUCAAAUUUUAAUAGUUUUACUUAAUGUGAUUAUUAAAUGUUCUUCUCACGCAACUUUAUAUCUUAAUUUGUUGUUUACUUUUCAGCGCUAGCGAGAAUCAAUAACUAAAAAAAAUAUAAAUUUUUUAUCUUAAUUUGUUUGAUGCUAUUUUAAAAAACGUAUCACAUUAUCUAUAUAUGAUGCAAUAUUACUAGUAGCUUGUUUGUUCAAAAACAACCAUGAAUGUCAGAGGCUCUGGAAUUGCAGCUAAGAGACAUUAACAUGGUGAGUUGAGUCAUUUAUUUAUGAAAAUUGGGUUUUGUUUCUAGUAAUGGGGAGAGGAGUCCUGAUGGAUAUAUGGUUAGAUAUGAAUAUGAUUUAUGAUUUGACACUAUGAUGUUAUAGCCAACUUCACUUAUUGUGAUACUAGCUUUAAUUAUAAAUGUGAUUUAUGAAAGAAUUAGGUUAUUUACAAGAACAAGAUUGAGAUUCGGUGUUGCUAUUUGCUACUACUAGUAUUUAUCUUUGAGCCAGUUGGUUUACCAUUGUAGAAGUUCUUCAAUUAAGGGAAACGGAAGAAUAUUAAUCAAGAAUCUAGUAAUCAAGCAAGUUGUCAUAAAAUUUUUACUCAUGCUAUGUUUCAAUAUGCCAAAUUCAUAGUUUCCUACCAUUUAUGUUAUUAGCAAGUUGCUAUUCCCAUCUAUAUUAAUGCUUUAUAUGAAAUUAUGACAAUAUACCGUUUUAGUUGUUUUGAAAACCUUGUUGAAUCAGAUUUCGCAUUUGUUUUGUUUGUAACUAGGUAAAGAAGAGAAGAAUUUUCCAAAACACCCAAUCUAAUUUCAAGAAUUCAAUGUCAACAAACUAGCCAAUCUAAUUCAUUCAUAUACUUGCUUUUAUAACAUGUUCACAAAUACAAACAAAUGCUCCUACUACAAUUUAAAACUCAACACUAUAACUUAAUAUGUAGUUCAUUUUGCUUCCAAGAGUUUCUGUGAUGCAUAAGCUAUGUAUCCACUAGCUUUCUCACUUGUAUAUCUUUAGCUUCCUCGGCUUUCUCACUGAUGUGAUGAUAGUAUAUGUAGCAGAUCUGUUCAGCAAAAGAGAGGAAAUAAAUUGAACCUAUCAAUGAACUAGUAGCAAAUUCAAACAGCAAGGGUAGAUUUUGAUUUUCAACUUUUCACCAGUUAAUAUAUAGUUUAAAAGAUGAAAAGUAACAGU